AUGAAUCAAGCAUCAUCCUCCACCACCUUCCCUCAAGAACUUGCAGACGUAAUAGAAGCCGAUAAAUUAACUUUUUAUAGCAACAACUUCCGAGUCGAACCAGAAGAGUACAACUACUACCAGCAGCCUGAUCAUAGAGACAUCGGUGUUCCUCUUCAAUGCCCUUUGAUAAUUGACUAUCAAUCUACAGGCGUAAACGAUAAUCAUAGUCCUAUUUUACAGAAAAGACCGUUUCCUCCGAGAAUGGAAGUUUCUGAUUGGAGAUAUCAACAGGUACCCGAGAAUCCUAAGAAACGUUUGAAUUCAAAUGUUUGUGCUCAAAAUGUUGUGAACAAGAAACUCGCACACGCGGACAGAAUGCAAGAAAUGGGAUGUAUAAGAGAAAGGGUGCCUGUGAGAAGAAGCCAGAAGCUAGCGGACAAAAUUACGGCCCUUCAAAAGCUUGUCUCUCCUUACGGCAAGACGGACACGGCUUCCGUGCUUCAAGAAGCUCAUAUCUCUAUCAAUCUCCUUCAUGAACAGAUUAAGAAGUUGAUACAGAAUACGCAGAUUUCAAGGAUCAACGAUGUAUCACUCCAAUCACAGGAUAACAAGGAGGAAGAAGCCAGCUUACGAGAUAAAGGCCUUUGUUUGGUUCCGAUAUCAAGUCCUCAGAUCAACAGCCUAGAUUAUUUUAUACCCAGAAACUAUUAAUCUGCUAGUGCUAGCGCCCUUUUUGAAUCAUUUCUAUCGAUUUUAGCACAACAGAGAUGUUGGUACUUGUAUAGUCGUGUAAUUUUCAGAAAUCAUCAACUAUAAGAGUUACCGAUCCUUA